CUAACAAUGAGUGGACCUGAAAACUCGUACUCAGUAUGGAGGACCACCUCCGACCACCAACUGGACCUCUCCAACUCCACCACCUCCAACGUCUCCCACAUAUCACAAUCUCUAGACUCCCUCAUCUCGGACCAGUCACAGUCCAGCAUUGCCCUGAACAACUCCAUGUCUGGGUUUGACAUCGCCUCCCUUAUCCAGAGUGCUGGGUUAAUGGGUGGCCAGCACCGCAGUAUCUCUGCUCCUGCUGCCUACAGAGUGCAGCGCACCCUGAGUACUGGACAGAACCUCCCCACUAUUCACCAGCAGCAGAGAUUACCGACAGAGCUAUUCUGUGGGCUCACCCCUCCACCCUCCCCCACCUACUUUAAGAAGCAGGAGUACGAACACCUCAUUCCCUCUCCAAAACGGCUUAACUCUCAACCCUCGCCCACUUAUUUCGAGACUUUUAAAGGGAUGCCCUCUAUAACUCUCCCAACAGCUCCAGUUAUAUCCUGCUCAACUUCAUCAAGUUUUGUUAAGCAGGAAGUAAAGGAAACAGAAACUAAAGAUAUGCCUCCGGAGCGCACGACAAGUGGCAAACGGAAGAGAAUUGAGGAUGACUACGUAAUGAUAGAACCGAUCAAGAAAGAAAACUCUGCUCAGCAAGAAAUGAGGGACGUCUUCGAGGAUAUUGUCCAGACCCGGGCCAUGCUAAAUCAGCUGAAGAGCACUCCUAGUCUCACCAGAAGGAAGGAGAAAAGCAGGCUAAACUCCGCAUUGGACCGCAAGAUAAAGCGGUUCAAAGAAAUGCGGUUAACCUACCUUGAGUCGUGUCUGACGAUGGAGCACAACCUGUUAAGGAACGUUCUGGAUAAAACAUUUUUCUGAGCUCCUUUUUGAAAAGUAAGGGGAAUAGUGAGAGGAUGAGGGUAUGGGGAAAAUGGAGCCUGGAGAAAUUAUCUGGGGGAUGUUAAAUCUUUUUUGCCAAUCGUCGGGAUUCUGUUUGAAAUUUAUUUUAAAGGGGGAAUAUUAUUCACGUUUAACCUGCAUUUUUUAUUUUUUUAGGUUGGUUUGGCUUCUUUGGAUUUCUGUAUUUUCAUCACAUCGGAUGCGACUUUUGAUACGAUUGCUGCAUUUCAAAUUAUGUUCUAAUCUUUCAAUAAACACAUUUAUGUUAUAUAUUUGAAUUGCCCAAAAGGAUUCACUUUUAUUU